AUGCUAUUGGCACAAGCCACCCGACGAAUUGCACAUAUGACUCCCGCUCUCACCAACGGCGCCCACACCAGCGCAACUCCCCUUGUUGGCCGUCAAGUCGUCCUCGUCUCUGCCGCACGCACACCUGUUGGAUCGUUCAAUGGCGGCCUCAAGAAGCUUACAGCGCCUCAGCUCGGCGUCGUAGCCGUCAAGGCUGCUAUCGAGCGGGCCGGCAUCAAGCCAGACCAGGUCGAGGAUAUUUACAUGGGCAAUGUAUUGCAAGCUGGCGUUGGUCAGUCGCCUGCACGACAAGUCGCUAUCGGAGUAGGAUGCCCGGAAUCGACCGAAGCUACCACGAUCAACAAAGUCUGCGCGUCUGGCAUGAAGGCGAUCAUGCUUGCCAGUCAAAACAUUCAAACCGGCCAGCGAGACAUCAUGGUGGCAGGUGGUAUGGAAUCAAUGAGCAAUUCUCCGUUCUACUUUCCUCGUAAUGCUGCCUUUGGUCAUCAGUCUGCGCAAGAUGCCAUCGUCAAAGACGGCCUGUGGGAUGUAUACGGCAGUAUUCACAUGGGUUCAUGCACUGAAGAGCUCGCGAGCAAAAAGUCGAUUACGCGCGAAGACCAAGACAAUUACGCGAUCGAGUCCUAUAGACGAGCCGCGGAAGCGUGGAAGUCGGGCGCAUUCGAUGCAGAGAUCGCGCCCGUCGAGAUCCCAGAUAAGAAAGCUCCUAUCACAGUUCGGGAAGACGAAGACUACAAAAAGGUGCAACCCGAUAAGAUGAAGUCACUUCGCGGAGCUUUCAAGCCCAACGGUGGUACCGUCACUGCAGCCAACGCGAGCAACCUAAACGAUGGCGCCAGCGCUGUUGUGCUCAUGUCCGAAGAGAAGGCGCAAGAGCUCGGCCUCAAGCCUCUUGCAAAGAUCAUCUCUAUGGCAGACGCUGCUUGCGCUCCCGUCGACUUCGGCAUCGCUCCUUCGCUUUCGACACCGAUCGCUCUCAAGAGAGCUGGCCUCUCUGUUUCUGAUAUCGCUCGAUUCGAAUUCAACGAAGCCUUUUCAGCUGUUGCUAUUGCCAACAGAGAGAUCCUCGGUCUCGACGCAUCCAAGCUCAAUGUUUUGGGCGGAGCGGUUGCGCUAGGACAUCCCAUCGGCUCUAGCGGUUCUCGCAUCGUCGUCACGCUGGCUCACCAGCUCAAAGCAGGCGAAUACGGGCUAGCGGCUAUCUGUAACGGCGGCGGUGGCUCGUCGGCUAUCAUCAUCCAACGUCUGUAG